GAAAGUUGUGGGUUGUAGAAUUUGCCGAUGAGCUGAAGUUCUUGCAUGUCUUGGUGGUCCAGGGUUGUAUAAGUUCUAUAACUGAGUUGUACAUCAUGUACAUGUAGUAGGCCAGUACAAUACGACUGAGUUUGUCCAGGUCUCUGUCGCCAACCCAAACCACCGACCCGCACAGGUUCACCCGACGCCAUCCUGCUUGUGAUGUCACAGGUCGCCUAAUGCCUGCAGGAUGCCCCAUUGGACGGUUCACCUAGAUGGCGGGCCUCGACGGGUGAACCACGCGGCGGCGUUGGUAGGCAACUGGAUCUACAUGUUUGGUGGUUACUGCACUGGAGGGGACUAUCAUUCACUGAUACCCAUUGACGUCUAUGCCUUAGAUACUGUCCUGCUGAGGUGGAGAAAGUUGCCAAUUGCCAGCGGGGAAGAAACUAGCCAGAAGCUGGUUCCGUAUCUUCGGUACGGCCACUCUGUUGUCAACUACGAGGGCAAAGUCUACCUUUGGGGAGGCCGUAAUGACAACUAUGGAGCCUGCAAUAAAGUUUUCUGCUAUGAUACAAAGACACUGAAAUGGUCCAGACCACGCACUGAAGGUGAGCGGCCCGGGGGACGAGAUGGCCACACGGCUUGCCUCAUAGGGGACAACAUGUACAUCUUUGGAGGCUUCGAAGAUGGAAUGGUGCAGUGCUAUGCUAACACUGUGUACAGCUUGGACUUGAAGGAGAUGUUCUGGACUUACAUCAAGGCAAAGGGUGACAUCCCCCACUGGCGCGAUUUCCACACCGCUGCGGCCUACCACCACCGGAUGAUCGUCUUUGGAGGUCGGUCGGAUGAGUCGGGCCCGUAUUACACCAACCGGGAGUUCUACUGCAACAGGCUGCAGGUGUUGGACACCCAGACCAAAGUCUGGAGCGCACCACCGACGACCGGUGACAUCCCAAUUGGCAGGCGAAGUCACUCCGCUUUUAUGUACAGGGACCACAUGUACAUCUUCGGCGGUUACAAUGACAUCACCAAAAUGCACUACAAUGACCUCUACAGGCUGGACCUUUGCAACUAUGAGUGGUCAAAGGUCAUGACCUCUGGCCAGACACCUCGCAACCGCCGUCGGCAAUGCUGCAUUGUGGUCCAGGACCACGUCAUCAUGUUUGGAGGAACAAGCCCAAAAGACACACCCAUCCCCGGGGGCUCUGAUGAUGAGAACCUCAUGGACCUAGCUGACCUCCACAUAUUGGACUUUGCUCCCUCGCUGAAGACCCUGUGUAAGGUGGCCGUUAUUAGAUAUCAGCUGGACAUUUCUUGCUUGCCGUUGGACAUCAGGUGGGAGCUGGAAGCCAUGACCACAGACAACAGCAUCAGCCAACCGCUGGAGAUGCCCCAGGGCUGACCAAGAGGAGAACAAGUUUGCCGUGUCAAGAACUGGAGUCUUUUUUUGUCUGCGGGUAUGGAUUUGUCAUUAGGCUAGAGGAUUCAUAAUGAACCCUCAAUACAGGCAAUGAGCAAGCAGGCGCCACCAAGAGGUUGUCAUAGAGAGGCCAUUUUCAAGUUCAUGGUCGACCCCCCAAAAUGGCCGACUUGGACACAAUUGGCAUUUCACCAAAUGUCAGUAGACAGUUUGAGAAAAUGUGUGUUCGAUCGGGGCAUUCCGUGUCUCACCUAAAAAUCAUGUGUUAUAUUAAUUAAUUCACACAAAUACUCUAAAUUUUUCAGAAUCUUCAACCCAGACUAAAGGGAGAACAAGUCAAGUUCCCCAUACACAGCACUGCCAGCGAAAACAACUUUUGUGAUUUGUUUUUCCAUUAAUGCACUGCCAAAAAAGGCUUCUCAAUGGCAACGUGUUGGGAAACAAGGUAUCAUGAAUUGCCCAUAUUCACUGUAAAAGAGAGCAGUGGCAAGUGAUGGGAUAAAACUGUGAAGUCUCUUACUCAUUUUCCAACAUACCUCACAAGUGUGUGUGUGUUUAACCUGACCUAAGCUGCCAUAAAUACACGGUCCACACUGAUUAAUAUCGCUCCAUUACAAAAAUGAAGCUGUGGUAAAGAUAUGUUGCACAAAUCUUGUACAAAUGACUCCCAAAGAUCCAUAGUCAUGAAAAGUGUCUGUGGUAUCUGGUUUUUAUAAAAGUUGAGAGUUUCGGUCACAAACUGCACUAAAUCAGGGGCCUGUUCAGUUAAUGGUGUCUGCAAGCGUCUGUCUCUUUUUUUCCAAAUUUAAUGCACAAUUUCCCAUGCAGAGUGGCAUUGCAUUUGGGGUUGGGGGAGGGAUGGGUACCCUUCAGCCCUUCUUCCCAAUUAGACUCUCCAUUAUUUUGUAACAAGUGCCUCUUUUCUCACGGGCAUACUUCUUCACGAUACCCUUCGUCGAUAUCCCAUCAAAUGUCAGAAAUCGUGCAGCCGUAGAAAGUUCAGUGUUGUUUUUUUUGAAUGGCGCUGCCGUCACAAUGGUUUAUCCCUUCAACACCCUUUUCAAUUUUACAAUAGUCAGUAACUGAUAAAGAGUGGCCUUUGUCACAAUGGCAUGACUAACAGGGGCACGGAAACAGCCCCCCCCCCAUACUUGGGCCCUGCCCCCCCCAGCCCUGUACCCACCCCGUCAUAACUUAGAGAAUAAGUCUAGUCUGCCUUUGUCAGUGUCCUGACUGUGACCGAACCCAUGGAGUGCCCCCUCCAGAGGAUGUUCCCCAGUUACAUCACUACAUGCUCCUUGCAGAGCCGCUGAUGUAAUUGACCCAUUGAACCGUUUAUUGUGGGAUGUAAUUAGGCUUAAUAAAUGACCAUUUUAUUAACUGCAGGAAUGUUUGUAAUGUUAUUGCAUUAAUCUACUAACAUUCGGGUAUGCCCCAUAUUUUACAAAGCAUUGGAUCAUAGUGCUUAAAAGUACAUGUACACGCAUGUGAAUAUCCUUGUUGGGCAUAUUAAUGUGCAAAAGAAAAAAGCAUUGUGAAAAGCUAUUACACAAUUUAUAAAGGCCUAAUGUAAUUUGACUACCGGAAUAGGAAGCCAUUAUUGAGGUGGCACAAUGCUCAUGGACAGGUGGUACGCGCGCGUUAUAUGUCUCUUCCCACAAGUUGGGUGUCGUGAUUUGCCAAAUGCACGCGUGCGUCAAGCUGAAGAACGUGCGUGCGAGUGUGGUGCCACCGCAGUUAUGGCGUCUAAUCGAAUUAGUCCAUAUAAACCCUACACAUGUUUUUAUUUGUACAUUGUGUAUGAGUAUGUCAGAUUAGGAAAAAAAAAAACAGUUACUGCUUUCAUGCUGGGUGUAAUUUCUUGACCUGUGGAAUCUAAGUCAGUCUUUUGACAUGAGCAAAUUUUAACCUCUUUACACCCCUUAGCUCAGACAUACAGUGGUUUUGUUUGCUUUUUUGUGAAAUUUAGUUUUGUAGAGACAUCCUAGAGACUAGAGAUUGGCCCAUUCAAAGCGGUUUAAAAUUUUCUUUAAUACAGUCGAACCUUAAUACUGACCUUAUAUUAUAAGAGAUGAAGCCAGUGAAGAACAGACGAUUGGGACCUUAAAUUUUCCUUUCCUCGAGUCCAGUCAAGCAUUUUGCUCGAGACACAAUUACGAAAUAAAAACAAUAGAGAAAGUAAUUUGCUGGCAUUUUCGAAGUUACCUCUGGGUUACUACUUGACGUCACACCACAUCCUACUCUCGACAAUUGUAAAACGUAACAUGAACUAUAUUAACUGGUGCGGGAAGUCAUAUUGCAACUUUUUUUCACAAAGAAGUUGGCUUUUAUUUGGGGGACUCCAGUCGCGCCAUUUGCGUGUAGUGACUCGAGUCGAGUCAUUUUACCCGUCAGGACCGAAUUGCCAAAAUUGUGACUUUAGUCAUUGGCUCGUCAUUACAACUGUGGUACAAGGCCAUGUGCAAGCCAGUCACAAGUAACAGGGUGAACUAUUGCAAAGGACUGCUUUUGUUUCAGUUAAUUUGCAUAGCUUGUGACUUGAAUUCAGAUUGGCGGUCUUGUUGGGUCUUGUAAUGGCCAGAAGAGGUCUUAACUAUGACACUGCCAGCUUGUGUAGAAAAAGCACGCAUUUUGCGUGGAAAAUGUUGCGCCAAAACAUGGAAGUGACAUCUGCCGAUAAAAGCUAUCCUAUACCCUGGUUUGGGGGAAAAGGGAGGCUUAACUGGAAGCUCUGUUCAAUAAAUGAAACGUGAAAAAGUGGAAAUAAAAGUGAAUGUACAUUGAUUGAAGUUUGAAA